AUUUUUUUAAACAGGUCCCUUUUUCUUCUUUUUCUUUUAUUCUUUGGUUCCUUUUUUUCCCCAACAGCAUACACGAAGAAAAUGAAGGUCAUUGACAAGAUUAACAAGGCUGAAAGCGAGGGUCGCUUCUUUUAUUCUUUUGAAUAUUUCCCUCCAAAGACUCCUCAGGGUGUGCAAAACUUGUAUGAUCGUAUGGAAAGAAUGCAACGUUUUGGCCCGGAAUUCAUUGACGUAACGUGGGGUGCUGGUGGCACUUCUGCCGACCUUACUACCGAACUCGUCGCAACUGCUCAGUCUGUGUACGGUCUCGAAACAAUGAUGCACUUGACGUGUACCAACAUGCCUGUUGAGAAAAUCGAUAAUGCUCUCAAGGCUGCCAAAGAUUGCGGCUGUCAGAACAUCCUUGCCUUGCGUGGCGAUCCUCCAAAGGGCCAAAGUAACUGGGAGUCGGUUGAGAAUGGUUUCGAGCACGCUGUUGACUUGGUCAAGUACAUUCGCAAGCAAUAUGGCGACUACUUCUGUAUCGCCGUUGCUGGCCAUCCUGAGGGUCAUAUGGACAACCCCGACAAGGAAGACGAUUUGCGUCGUUUGAAGGAAAAGGUUGAUGCUGGUGCCGACGUAAUUGUGACCCAGUUGUUCUUUGACAUCGAGUCCUUCCUUACAUUCGUCACAAAGAGCCGUGAAAUCGGCAUCGAGUGCCCUAUCCUUCCUGGUGUGUUUCCCAUUCAAAACUACAACGGUCUCAAGCGUGUUAUUUCGUUCAGCAACAACCACGUUCCUCAAAAGAUCUGGGAUGACCUUGAGCCUAUUAAGGAUGAUGACGCUGCUGUUAAGGAAUACGGUAUCAACUUGACUAUCGAUUUCGUCAAGAAGUUUAGAGAAGCCGGUAUCAAUGGUUUCCACAUUUACACUUUCAACCUUGAGAGAUCUUCGCGUUUGAUCCUUGAGCGUUUGGACCUUGUGCCCGCCACUGAAAACAUCAAGCCGUUGCCCUGGAAUCCAUCCUUGACCAGCAAGCGUGCAAAGGAGAACGUCCGUCCCAUUUUCUGGAAAAACCGUCAGAAGAGUUACAUUCAGCGCACUGAAGCAUGGGAUGAAUUCCCCAACGGUAGAUGGGGUGAUUCUCGCUCACCUGCUUUUGGUGAGUUGGAUGGUUAUGGUGUCUCGCUCAAGUAUCCUCAACAAGAAUGCUUGCAAAUGUGGGGCAACCCCAAGUCUGCCGACGACGUUGCAUUGACAUUUGCCAAAUACUGUAAGGGUGCCAUUGGCGGUAUCCCAUGGAGCGCUCAACAGCUAGACCCUGAGACUGAGAUUAUUCGCCAGCGGUUGGCUGGAAUUAACUUGCUUGGCUACCUCACGAUCAACUCACAACCUGCUGUGAACGGCGUCAAGAGCUCGCACGAUAUUUAUGGCUGGGGCCCCAAGAACGGCUACGUUUACCAAAAGGCCUACUUGGAGUUCUUUGUCUCGCCCGAGAAAUUGGACGAACUGACGGCUAAGAUUAGCAAGAACCCUCAGGUCACCUACUAUGCUGUGAACAAGCAGGGUGACUUGAAGACCAACACCCAGAACGACCAACCCACCGCUGUCACCUGGGGUGUGUUCCCCGGUAAGGAGAUUGUCCAGCCUACGAUCGUGGAAUCGAUGGCUUUCAUGGCCUGGAAGGACGAAGCAUUCGAGCUCUGGGGCGAGUGGGCACGUAUCUAUGACCGUGAAAGCGAGUCGGCUAAGGUUACCUUGGACAUCAUGAACAACUGGUACCUCGUCAACAUUGUCCACAACGAUUUUCAAGACGAAAACGGUAUCUGGAGACUCUUUGAUCUUGAGGUUGAUCAGAUUGCUCAGAAAACUAAGCACCUUUUCGACUUGAUCCCAUAAAGAAUGAGUUUUAUAUAUAACGCACUUAUAUCCCCUUCCUUCCUCUUUCGUUCCUCCUUCCAAAACGCUAUACAUCCCCACACACACGCACACACGACCUAAAUAGCCUCUUUUUGUAUUCAACAUGCUUUUUCCCCCCAUUACCCUUACCCUUCAAAGUCCUUUAUCUACAUUUCUUCUUUCCUUGUUUUUAGUUGUUUUUCUUUUGUGUUCCUUUUUCUAUUUCCUUGUAUUCAACUACCCUAGGUGAGGGUGUGUGCUUGGGUAGCCUAUGCCCACCCUCCCUAACAUAAUUUGUAAAUGAGAGAGUACGUGUCUUCUUCAACAGACAUUCUAAUUGUAAACAGUUUUCCUUCCUAUUAUAUCAUAAAAAAAUAAAAAGUAAAAAUAUCUUCAACAGUAAAUAU